AUGCCAAUAUACAGCGGCUGCGCGCAAGUCGCGCUAUUGAAGGCUGUCAACCAUGUGUUUAGUCUAGACCAGAAAGCCGACUCUCUGGAAGAUUUAACGAAUGGCAUUUUGUUGGCGAAUAUCCUGCACGAACUAGAUCCCGAGUUUGAUCCGUCCCAUCUGGAAUCGAACCCUGCCACUUCUCGAUACCUGACAAACAAACGCAAUAUCCAAGCUGUCUACAAGGGCCUAUUCCGCUUCAUCCGUCGACAAAUCCCAGAACUAGGCUGCCAAGCUCAAAAGUUCGAUUAUCAUGCUGUCGCUGAAAACCCCGAACCGCAAGGGCUUAGCCAGCUACUCGCUGUUAUGGUGUCUGCUGCAGCCAUGGGGCCGGAUAACAAGAAAUACGUUCCUCUGAUCCAAACCAGCCUCGACAAGGUCAAUCAGGCAGAAAUUAUGAACAUUAUCCGCUCAAUGCAGAUCGACGCAGCAAAUGCCGGUGACGAAGACAAGCUCAACGAGGACAUGGAUGCAGUUAUGGAAGCCAGAGACAUGGAUCUUGUGGUUGAAGAGCAGAAUGCAGCUUUGCGACAACAGCUUGAGAUCAACAAGAAGGCUCUCUCGGACUAUAUCACCCGUCUCGAACACCUGCAGCAGAGCCACGAAGAACUCAAAUACGAAAAGGAGCGAAACGAUCGAGAGCUUGAAGUGUUACGAAAAGCCACAAAGGAUGGCGCGAACAAUGCCGAAGCCAUUCGUCUUCUGGAGGAUCAAGUACACGAGCAAAUGGAGAUCAUUGCAAAGAACGAGGAAAACAUUCGGGACCAUGAGAGAGCGCGAGCGCAGCUUGAAAGUGAAGUCCAGAAGCUCACCCAGAAGAGUCAGCAUGCGGACGAACUGCGAGACCAAGCCACGGAAUGGCGACACAAAGCCGAGGAACUGGAAAAAAAAGCCAAUGCUGCUGAGCGGUAUAAGCAAAAGCUUGAAUCGCAACAACAUCUUGUGAAGGAAGUACAAAAUCUGCAAUACGAACGCGCAGAGUUGCAGGAGCAGCUUCGUUCGCUAAUGGACGAGCGAGAGAAAGGAGAUCGGACGAGAAAAGCGGAAGAUGAACUGACACGCAUGCUAACACAAUCCGAACAACAUUUGUGGGAUGAGCGCAGUCAGAAAACUCAACUUCUGAAGGACAUGCAGACGCUCGAGGAUGAGCUGUUGCGACUGAAGGCGCAGCGCAGCCAUGACGAACACUUUAUCCAAGAUCUACAGGAGCAACUACAGCAUGGUGGUGGAGCUUCUCAGGGAGAGGCUUUAGCUCUCCCAACUUCCUCCAGUCUAGAGGACGAACUGAACAGUGCAUCGAGCGAUGAUGGACAGAAGAACAUUCCACUUGAGCUUUCUAGACUGAAAGCGGAGAAUGACUUGUUACGAAGAGCCAUUGGGUCUACUGGAGACGCCGUUACUUUGCGCAAAGAGGCCGACGACGAGAAGAAGCAACGCGAAAGGCUUCAGCAGAGCCUGAACGAUAUGUUCGAGAAGCACACGAUAGUCCAGGACCAGAUAGAGGCUCUCAUGAGGAGCUCUGCAGGAGAAAACUCCAAAGCAUUCAUUGACUUGCGCUCUGAGCAUUCUCAAACUCAACAUGAGCUUGAGCAGCUGAACAAGCACACUGCUGAUCUGCAGGCGAAACUCGCAGACAAAGAACGAGACUUGAUGGUGGCGAGGACAGAGCUCUCUGCUGUUCAGAAAGAUGGCAUUUCAGCGUUGGACGAGCUGAAGAGUACAGAUAAGCUCAUAUCUGAGUCCCUGAAGGCCGAACUCGAUCGUCUGCGAGAGGAGCUUGCUUUCGUCAGCAAUGAACGGGAGUCCCAGAAGACACAGCUGAUUGACGCCCUGCUUGCGAAAGACAAGUUUCGAAAGGACGCAGAGGAGGCCAAAGAGCUUCAAGAAACAGCUGCUCUUAGUACUGCAAACCAAGACUCUUCCGAAGCAGCCAAGAAAGCAGCUGAAAAGAUUGAGAAACUGCGAGAUCGUCUGAUUGAACGAAAACAGCAACUCGAACAAGCUGAGCAAGAUAAGAUUGAUCUGCAGAGAGAACUCAAAGCUUUGCAGGGCGGCGAGCUUGCCACAGCUCAAAAGGUCGCCACGGAUCAAAUAAUUAAGAACUUGCAGCGCGAAAAUGCACUUAUUGCCACGGCAUGGUACGACCUCACCAGCCGUCUCCAGAGUAACCAUGUCGUACUUCAACGCCGGCACGAUGCGCCAAAAAGCUGGCUGAAUAAGCAGAGGCAGAUGGUCAAUGCUUCCCCGCGGAGAUAG